CAGGCCAGCCUCACUAAAAUAGUGCCGCUGCUUACUUUUGCAGCUCCAAAGCGAGGCAAUGCAGUAGGCAGUAGCUGCAGUAGUGGCGAGCGUAGUACAAACAGGGGGAAAAAAGGAAAGGAAAAGGAGAGUGAAGUUGGUGUGGUGUUGGUAGUUCUUGGGCGGAAAUGAAUGCAACCCCCUCUUCAUGAUGCCAACGCAUUCAGUGCGCCCCAAACCACUCGCGACGAGUUUGGUGAGAGCGGGGAGGAUCUGAGCUCUGAGUGAAGCCAGUGAGUGUGAGCGAGCGAGUGAGCUCCUUUCAUCUCUGGAUUUCCACUGGUUUGAGAGAGCAUUGAUGGGUUCUUCUUGGUGGUGGUGUUGUGCAAAAGCAAGGAGAGUGGAGUCAAAUCUUUGCUGAGGCUUCUUUCUUUCUUUGUUUCUUUCUAUCCCUCUUCUUUAAUUUGAGUUCUUGGUCCUGCCAAAAGCCAAAGCCGUCUCCUUUUUUGCUGGGAAAGGCGGAGCGUGUCAUUGCAUUUCAGGCAUUUCAAGCCCCCCACCCUCCGCCAUUUCUGCUUCAAAGAAAGCUCUGAGAAAAUCUGCAGUUUCCCCACCUCAAACCCUGAGAUUUCUGCACCCACAGCCAGCCGGCCACUGUUCUUGGUUGAUGGGGGCGCUCGGGCUCUGACAUUUUCUGAUCCCCAUUUUCUCUCCCCCCGGCGGAAGAUCCGGUUUUCUUUCCCCACCCGGAGCCGAGCCGCAGUUUUCUCCGCGCCCGCUGAUCCGGAAUCCCACCACCCACCCAGAAAUCCCGGGGUUUUCCGGUCAGCCCCAUCCCCAUGCCUCGCCGCGCCCGCUGAUCCCAGCCGCGACGCACGGUUGGUUUCCCCGUCGUCGAUCCGACUGCUCGGGGGCGCGGCACAUGCAUCUCUCCCUGUGGAAGCCGCUCUCCCACUGCGCCGCCAUCCUCCUCUCCAAGAACCACCGGCGGCGUGGCGGCGGAGGAGGAGGAGGCGGCGGCCAUGGCGGCGGCAACGGCCGGCGCGACGACCCGGCGUCGUUCCUCCGGCAGCUGCGCGACGCGCUGGACGCCGCGUCGGAGGAGGGCGCCCUCUGCCCGCCGCCGGACGCCGCCGGCGCGGAGGAGGACGCCGCCGUCACGCGCUCCCGCUCCCUGGCGCGCCUGCGGGCGCAGCGCGACUUCCUCCGCGCCACCGCGCUCGCCGCCGCCGCCGGCCCGUUCCGCUCCAUCUCCGACCUGCCGCUCCUCGCCCACGCCAUAGCCACCUUCCUCUCCAUGUACCCGGACUACGCCUCCACCUCCGACGUCGACCGUCUCCGCCUCGACCACUACUCCCACCUCGACGCCCCCGGCGCCGGCAGGGUUUGCCUCGACUACUGCGGCUUCGGCCUCUUCGACUCCAGCUGGGACUCCUCCUCUUCGUCCUUCACAUUGUCCGAGCUCAAUGCCAAUCUGAGCAACCACGCGCUCUACGGCGGCGCUGAGCCCGGCACGGCCGAGAAUGACAUCAAGGAUCGGAUCCUGGAGUACUUGAAUGUGCCGGCCAGCGAGUACGCCCUGGUGUUCACUGUCAGCCGGGGGUCAGCGUUCAAGCUGCUCGCUGAGUGCUACCCGUUCGAGAACAACCGAAGGCUGCUCACCAUGUUCGACCAUGAGAGCCAGUCGGUGAACUGGAUGGCGCAGAGUGCGCGGGCAAAGGGUGCCAAGACGCGCACCGCAUGGUUCCGCUGGCCCACUCUCAAGCUCUGCUCGACGGAGCUGCGCAAGGAGAUCGUGGGCAAGAGGAAGGCCAGGCGACGGGAUGCUGCAGUCGGAUUGUUCGUGUUCCCUGCACAGUCUCGGGUGACCGGCGCCAAGUACUCCUACCAGUGGAUGGCGCUGGCGCAGCAGAAUGGCUGGCAUGUCAUGCUUGAUGCCGGUGCACUUGGUCCCAAGGACAUGGACUCGCUGGGGCUCUCGCUGUUCCGGCCGGACUUCAUUAUAACCUCAUUCUACAGGGUGUUUGGUUCUGACCCAACUGGAUUUGGUUGUCUUCUGAUCAAGAAGUCGGUUAUUGGAAGCUUGCAGGGGAGGAAUGGCUGCAAUGCCUCUGGGAUGGUCAGGAUUGUUCCGGUCUUUCCACAGUACCUGAGUGACUCCAUCGAUGAAUUUGAUGCAGUGGAGACAGAGGGGCUUGAAGAUGACCCUUGCACUCCGAAAGAUGAAAAUCCAGUGCCUGAUGUUCGGAACGGCUCACAGCUUCCAGCAUUUUCGGGUGUGUACACUUCUGCUCAGGUCAGAGAGACGUUUGAGAGUGACCCUGGUCGCGACAGCAGCUCGGAUAGGGAUGGGGCGAGCACCAUUUUUGAAGAAACUGAGAGCAUAUCUGUCGGUGAGGUGAUGAGGAGCCCGGCAUUCAGCGAGGACUGUUCAUCAGAGAACUCUUUCUGGGUUGAUGUUGGCCAGAGCCCGUUGGGGUCAGAGAAGUCUGGUCAGUUCAAGAAAGGGAAACUGGGAUCACCAUUACCAUCAUCUUGGUUCACUGGCAGAAAGGGUAACAAGAGGAUGUCACCUAACCUAGCAUCGAGGAUAUCUAGAAGCCCACUUUAUGAUGGUAAUGUAAUUUCUUUUGAUGCUGCUGUACUGUCGGUUUCACAAGAUGUAGACUGCCUCAGGGAAGACCCUGAAGAAGAAAUCUAUGAGAAUGGCCGGGGAAAUCAUUUUAGGCAAGUUAGUGAAAUCCAAGAGGAGCCAGAGGUUGAAGAGGUUGCAUGCCAACAUGCCAUGAACGGUGAUUUGGACCACAAGGAAAGUGCGAUAAGAAGGGAGACUGAAGGGGAAUUUCGGCUGCUUGGACGGAGGGAUGGAAACAGCAGGUUUGCUGGGGGUCGUCUCUUCGGUGUUGAAGAGAUUGACGGAGCUAUAAGCAUGGGGCGCAGAGUUUCAUUCAACACUGAGGCGAAUAUGAUAGCUGACAGACUACAUCGGGCCUCAGAUGCUGCUGAAGCGUCUGGAUAUCCAUUUCGUGAUGAUGAUGUAAGUGAUGGGUACGAUGAUGCUCAAGACUGGAGCAGGAGGGAACCAGAGAUAAUUUGCAGGCACAUUGACCAUGUUGAUAUGAUGGGGCUCAACAGAACAACACUUAGGUUAAGGUACCUUAUCAAUUGGCUAGUAACUUCGCUGUUGCAGCUGAAGCUGCCAGGCUUGAAAGACAGUGAUGGAGUUCCUCUUGUCCACAUUUAUGGUCCAAAGAUUAAGUAUGAAAGGGGAGCGGCUGUUGCUUUCAAUCUGAAGCAAAGUGGUGGUGCUUUCAUUAAUGCUGAAUUUGUCCAGAAGAUAGCUGAGAAAAAUGGCAUAUCUCUUGGCAUCGGUUUUCUUAGUCAUAUAAAGAUAGACCCAAACCAGAAACAGUCAAAUGGAGCACUAGAUAUACCCGAGGCUUCCUUUUAUAAGAAUGGUCGCAGAGACAGUAAAAAGGUGACUGUAAGAGUUGAAGUUGUGACUGCUUCGCUUGGCUUCCUCACUAACUUUGAAGAUGUGUACACGAUGUGGGCAUUUGUUGCCAAGUUCUUAGAUCCUUCAUUCCUGGAAAGCGAGCGUAUUGCCAUAGCUACUGACCAAAUGGAGGCCAUAGCUGCUGAGCACAUGGAAGGGCAAAUUUGAGCUUGAUGUAUGAUAUAUUGAUCAAUGAAGGAGUGGAAGGUGAUCUUUCUCCUUUUGUCGAGCCAUAAUUUGUGUUUCGAGGGGUAAUUGGUAGUGGAUUUAGCAGAUUUUUUUAUUCUUUGCCUAGUUCCUCGACAUGUGACUUAUUUUUGUGUCAUGUAGAGUUUGCUCAAAUAUGUACCAGCGGCUCAUCAGUAGAGCUCCUUUCAACUGAACAAUGUUUGUAAAGCAGCUCACUGGAAAUGAAAUAGUUUUGAGUGCUUUGUA